CUUCCGGGGUCACGUGGUGCACAAGUGCCAAAGGGCCAAGAUGAAAUAAAAGCGCGGGCUCCCUUCUGCGCCUUUAAAAUACGACGUGGUGAAGCUGGAAAGCUGCCUUAAGGAGGCUCCCUCUCCGUUUCUUUCACGUCUGCUCUCCCUGCUGUUAGCGUGAUCGCCGUAUUCUCCGCGGUGGUUACGGUGAUCGAUUUGGCCGGGUUAGCCGACUUCCGCCCGCGUCCAAGAUGGCGAUUAAGCGGCCUUCAUAACCUUUACGGGGCUGGGCAGUGUUGACGCGGGAGCUGGCAGGGGGUGGAGCGGUUAGUAAACAGCAAAUGCGGGAACUGCUGGGCCGGAGUCAGCCAUGGACUGGAAAGAAAUUCUUCGCCGGCGGAUAGCGACGCCCAACAACGGUCCAAACAAAAAAAAAAGUGAACAAGAAUUAAAAGAUGAAGAAAUGGAUUUAUUUACCAAGUAUUACUCAGAAUGGAAAGGAGGUAGAAAAAACACAAAUGAAUUCUAUAAGACCAUUCCCCGGUUUUAUUAUAGGCUGCCAGCUGAAGAUGAAGUCUUACUACAGAAAUUAAGAGAAGAAUCCAGAGCUGUCUUUCUGCAAAGGAAAAGCAGGGAACUGUUAGAUAAUGAAGAAUUACAGAACUUAUGGUUUUUGCUGGACAAGCACCAGACACCACCCAUGAUUGGAGAGGAAGCAAUGAUUAAUUAUGAAAAUUUUUUAACGGUUGGUGAAAAAGCUGGACCAAAGUGCAAGCAAUUUUUCACAGCGAAAGUCUUUGCUAAACUCCUUCAUACAGAUUCUUAUGGAAGAAUUUCCAUCAUGCAGUUCUUUAAUUAUGUCAUGAGAAAAGUUUGGCUUCAUCAAACAAGAAUAGGCCUCAGUUUAUAUGAUGUUGCUGGACAAGGGUAUCUUCGGGAAUCUGAUUUAGAAAACUACAUAUUGGAACUUAUCCCUACUUUGCCACAAUUAGAUGGGCUGGAAAAAUCUUUUUACUCCUUUUAUGUUUGUACAGCAGUUAGGAAGUUCUUCUUCUUUUUAGACCCUCUAAGAACAGGGAAGAUAAAAAUACAAGAUAUUUUAGCAUGCAGCUUCCUAGAUGAUUUAUUGGAGUUAAGGGAUGAGGAACUGUCCAAGGAGAGUCAAGAAACAAAUUGGUUUUCUGCUCCUUCUGCCCUACGGGUGUAUGGCCAGUAUCUGAAUCUUGAUAAGGACCACAAUGGCAUGCUCAGUAAGGAAGAACUCUCCCGCUAUGGAACGGCAACCAUGACCAAUGUCUUCUUAGACCGUGUUUUCCAGGAGUGUCUCACUUAUGAUGGAGAAAUGGACUAUAAGACCUACCUGGAUUUUGUUCUUGCAUUAGAAAACCGAAAAGAACCUGCAGCUCUGCAAUAUAUUUUCAAAUUGCUUGACAUUGAGAACAAAGGAUAUCUGAAUGUCUUUUCCCUUAAUUAUUUCUUUAGGGCCAUACAAGAACUAAUGAAAAUCCAUGGACAGGAUCCUGUUUCAUUUCAAGACGUCAAGGAUGAAAUCUUUGACAUGGUAAAACCAAAGGAUCCUUUGAAAAUCUCUCUUCAGGAUUUAAUCAACAGUAAUCAAGGAGACACAGUCACCACCAUUCUAAUUGAUCUGAAUGGCUUCUGGACGUACGAGAAUAGAGAAGCCCUUGUUGCAAAUGAUAAUGAAAACUCUGCAGACCUUGAUGAUACAUGAUCUCUCAAAGACUAGACUGUAUUCAUUAAAAUAAGCUUGAAUGCUGCAUGUAAAACCUUUGAAGCAGAAUCCUUAGACAUGGUCUAAAUAAAACACUUCAUAUGUCUAUAGAACACAGCAAAUGUUCUGGUUAUUGGAAUUUUGGUUGUAGUGGUCUGGAAGAAAUGGGACCAAAUUAGGAGUCAGUAAAUUCUGGUUUCACUUAGCUCAAAUAUGGCAAGUGUGAUCUGGUGAAGGUAGGAGUACACUUUAAAUCUGUAUAAUCUUU